AUGGGAGUCUUCCCGCUGCAGAAGAGACCCACAACAUCUUCCCUCGCCGCGGAGCUGGAAACGCCGUCGUCUUCCUCGCCACUCAGCGAGUUUAUCGCGCUCGUGAAGCUGCUUCGCGCCCACGGUCGCAUGCUCGGCCUCGGGGAAGAGCCGCCUCCGGUGGUCCUGCUCGGCCUGCAGCGGCUGCUGCGGCUGCAGCCGAAACUCGAGGCGCGGCAGGCGGCGCGCGUUCCGCGACCUCUCGGCCGCCUCGUUGGCUCUACGAGCUCGAGCGCGCGGAGGACCGACCCGACGCUCGGUGCGGCGCGUCGCUGCCUCGAGCUCUCGUGCGCUGCUUAUGGGCCGUUCGGCGCGCUCGUCGUCGGCGCCUCGCGCGGGCGGUACUGGUCGACCCAGAGGACGCUUGCCGGGCGCGCCGUGUGGCGACGUCCAAACGCCGCCGCCUUCGAGACGCUCACGCAGCUCUCGGCGCGUCACUGCCUGCUGUACGCGCAGUGGGCGCCGACCGGCGCGCCGCACCGGGGUGGAUACGUGCCUGCGCACUACAUCGUGGCGGACCCGACGCUGCGCGCGGUGGUGCUCGUCGUCCGCGGCUCGCUCGGCCUGCGUGAUGUGCUGGUCGACCUCCAGACGGCGCCCGCGCCGCGCCACCUCGAGGCUGCCCUCGGACGCGGCUGCCACGGCGGCAUCGCGGCGGCGGCGGCGCGGCUCGUCGGCCUGCACGAGGCGCGACUGCGCGCGGCGCUGCAGCGGCGGCCGGGCUGGCGCCUCCUCGUGACCGGCCACUCCCUCGGCGGCGGCGUCGCCUGCUUCGCCGCCCGGCUGCUCCGGCGCGCGCUGCCUCGCUCGGCGGCGGUGCACGCGCUCUCGUUUGCGCCGGUGGCGACGCUUCCGCUCCGCCAGUGCGGCGCGUACGAAGACCUGGCCGACGCCUUCGUCCUCGGCGCAGACGCCGUGCCGCGCCUCUCACUUGGGUCGCUGCGCCACCUCCUCGAGGCGGCUCGCCUUGCGGGGAGGGAGUCCUGGGCUUGGGGCAGCUCCUCGAGCCGCGCCGCGGCCAGGGGCGAGGCCAAACCCCGCAGGUCGCGCCGCGCCGACGCGGACGCCGACGAGGCGCUGACGGAGCGGCUGCUUGCGCACCGGCGCGAGAGAGUGUCGCGGCCGCACAAGGCGACGGGGUGGCGGCUCUGCCGCCGGCUUGACCGGCGUCGGCUGUCAGUGCUCGACGUGCGGCCGAGCAUGCUGCGCGACCACGGCUUCGACCGGUACGAUUCGGCCCUCCGUGCGCUCGCGCCUCCCGGCCGCGGCGACCGCACGUCGAAAAAGAAGAAAUCGCAGGCGACAGAGGCGUGGGUUGACAGCCGCGCUGCGUUCGCGGUUCGGAUUAAGGAUUAUUCGCCAGCCCCGCGCCGCCGCGCGGAAAAACACACCGCAGCGGGGGCCCACACAGGCAAAGACGCCGCGAUCGCACACAUGCAGCCGGGCUCGCGCCGUACAUAG